AUGUCCUGCGUCACAUUGGCAGAGAAUAAGGCGGCACAACCAGCUCUUCACGCAUACGCGAAAGAUUACCGAGAAGAAAGGAUGGAUCAAGAAGAUAGGAACAAAGUAGAAAUUUAUUAUCGUAAAACUAGGAGUCAAUUAGCUAGAGCAAUCAAAAAAUUAACUAUAUCUGAAAGUAGCUGUAAUGAGUCAGUUAGGGAAAAAAGAUUAGAUUCAAAACACAACUCAGGUACUAGAUUACCUGAAAUAAAAAUAAAAAAGUUUUCAGGAAAUCACACUGAAUGGGAAAGUUUUUACAACUUGUUCAAAACUAGUGUUCUCGAAAAUCCGCAACUAAAAUCAGAUGCUGAGAAAUUAUAUUAUUUAAAAAGCUAUUUAGAAAGUGAUGCACUACAUAUUGUAGACGUUUUACAAGUGAACGAUAGAAACUUGCAAGUAGCUAUAAACUUGUUAAGAGAAACUUAUGAAAACAAAACAAAAAUUGUACAUGUAUAUUUCUCCGAAUUAUUGAACAUACCGCAAUUAAGUAAGCACAAUCCUACCGAACUUUCAAAAUUUGCUACUAUCUGUAGGCGUAACUGGACACUCCUACAGAAUCUUGAGCUUGAUCACAAAGUUUUAUUAGAGGCAUUAAUAACUUAUCUUUAUCAACAAAAAUUAGAUCAUGGUUUCAAAAAAGAGUUUGAAAAAUGCAGGAACAGGGAUACCUUACCAACAGUAGAUGAAUUUUUACAAUUUCUUAAAGAGGAAAUUGAAAUACUCGACAAUGCCACUUGUAAAACUAGCCAAUCGCAAACUUCGCAAAACUCAUUUUCGCACAAGAGGUCACAAAGUAAAGUAGCGUUUCAUUCGCAAUCACAACCAAAGUUCAAUAAAAACUCAAACAAUCAAUCAUCUCAUCUUAAGAAUAAUUCGAUUAAACAAAAUCAAAACAUGGACGGAUGCGUUAUGUGUUCAGACACUGCACAUAAAAUUUAUACCUGUGAAACAUUCCUAUCGUUGCCCAUUACUAAGCGUAAUGAAUUUGCCAAAACCAAAACAUUGUGUGACAGGCCGUCCACAUCUCAAAGCAUCCAAGAAAAUCAAGCACGUCCAAAUUCGUCUAGUCUAUCAGCUCUCUCGAUAAAAAACAACUUAGUGUUGUUAGCAACUGCACAAGCAACAAUUUAUAAUCGACAGAAUCAACCUGUUAGGGUAAGAAUUCUUCUGGAUAAUGGAAGUCAGAAUUCCUUUAUCAGUAAAAAACUUGUACAAAAACUCAACUACACCCCGUACAAGAAAAUCUUAAACAUUUCAGGUAUAUCUGAAACUAGUACUUUGUCUAACGAAAUGUUGGACAUAGUGCUACACUCAAAUGUUGACCCCUCGAAGAACUUCGAAAUCUCUUGUGCUGUACUCGAAAAAAUUACCACGACUAUUCCGCAAGUGAAAGUGAAUGUAGAUCACAUAACAAUUCCUUCGCGGAUUGUGAACAAAUUAGCUGACAAAACUUUUGCCACACCCGGUAAAAUAGAUCUGUUAAUAGGAGCAGAUGUUUAUUAUGAAUUGUUAACUUAUGGUCUCAUCAAACUAGGUGACGGCCUACCUACUCUUUUUAAUACCCAUUUGGGUUACGUUAUCUCGGGAAGACUGAACUCCCAACAAGAAUCAAAAAACUCACACACUAUCUCGUAUCAUGUAGCCAGUGAAACCGAAGACCCUAACCCGGACACUGAAUUACAAAACACUCUCUGCAAAUUCUGGGAGAUCGAAGAACUCCCAAACCUAAAAUCUCUAUCAACCGAAGAUGAACUGUCAGAAUUCAUCUUCAAAACCACAACUAAAAUUCUCCCGAACGGACAUUUCCAAGUGGAUAUUCCAUCACAGAACACAAAAAGACAUGCAAAAUAUGUACCACUAUCGUCGCAAAAUUCACGUUGCGAAAACAAAUAUUUUAUCCCUCACUUGCCAGUUUAUCGACAAGACCGAGUUACGACUAAGCUGCGAGUCGUAUUUGAUGCUUCUUGUAAAACCAGCUCUGGUUAUGCAUUAAACGAAAUUUGUCUCAAAGGUUAUCAAACUCAACCCAACCUAUACGACAUAUUGUGUAGGUUCAGAACCUUCAAAUACGCGUUGAUAGUUGAUUUGGAGAAAAUGUUCAGACAAAUUCGAAUAAAUCCCAAAGACCUAUUCCUCCAAAAUAUUUUGUGGAGAGACUCAGCAAAAGAACCAUUAAAAUGCAUUGAAUUACAAACAAUAACUUACGGUAUGAAUUGUAGUCCAUUCCUCUCAACGAGAAUUCUGAAUGAGAUUGCAAGUACCAAUAAAAAUCUUCCUCUAGCCUCCGACGCUGUUCUUACGCAGACGUAUGUAGACGACAUUUUAACAGGGUGUGAUUUAACCGAAUCCCUUGAAAAACUCUAUUUGGAACUUAAAUCAAUGCUUGAACCAGCUGGUUUCCACUUGCACAAGUGGGGAUCUAACUCUCAAACCUUUCUAAAAAAGAUAUCGCAGACUCGAAUAACUGAAUUUGACAUAAAUUUAGAUCAAUCUCCGUCUAAAGUCUUAGGCGUAAAAUGGAAUCCCAUAAGUGAUGAGUUCCAAAUAUCGGUACCCACUGAACUCGUCAGUGAGGACAAUAUCACCAAGAGAAAUAUCUUAUCACACAUUUCACAGUGCUACGAUCCUCUGGGGUUUGUAAACCCCGCUAUCGUUAAGGGAAAAAUGCUAAUGCAGAAAAUCUGGAAAUUAAAGUGCAACUGGGAUGAUAAGAUCACCGACAAAGAAAUAAAUAGGAAAUGGCAAGAAUUUCUAAGCACCAUCUGCCAAAUCAAGGACUUAAGAAUUCCUCGUCUUAUCUUCAAUAACAAAGAAAUAAGCAAAAUCGAACUUCACUCCUUUUCAGAUGCGAGUACUGAAGCGUACGGCGCAUGUGUCUACAUUAGAACUAUCUACACUGAUAAAACAGUUUCAUGUGUGCUGAUAUCAGCAAAAUCACGCGUCGCACCUCUGAAAACUAUCACAAUUCCCAGACUUGAACUCUGUGGAAUGCUAUUAUCCGCGAACCUGACUCAAGGAGUCAAAAACAUUUUGGAACCUAAAGUCGACAUAAACUCAGUUAACUUAUGGACGGACUCUCAAAUUGCACUGUGUUGGUGCAAAAGCCACCCAAGUCGAUGGUCGACAUUCGUAUCAAACAGAGUAGCGAAAAUACAAGCGCUAACAACAAAUUUCCAGUGGCGGCACGUAGGAUCAAGCGAUAAUCCCGCUGACCUGCUGUCGCGUGGAAAAUUCACACCUGAAAUCUACUCCAUGUGGUUUAAUGGACCCAAAUUACUCAAUGAGUUCAGUUCAGGUUUCCCCCAAUACGAGAUUAAUAAGAAUCUCGUCAACGUACCUGAGGAAAGAAAGCAAGUUCGUUUAGGGCAUGCUGGCGGACAAAACGUCUUAUCUAAUGUGCGAUUGCGCUACUGGCCUCUUAAUGGUUUAAGGCAAAUCAAACAAAUAAUUAGAGAUUGCAAGGUUUGCUACCGCUUGAAUGCGCAGACAGCUCGACAGAUAAUGGCCGACCUUCCGAAAGAUAGGGUCACAUACUCGCGUCCUUUUCAAAAGGUUGGUGUCGAUUUUGGAGGCCCUUUCUUCAUAAAAUCUUCUACCCUACGCAAAGCUCCCGUAACAAAAUGUUACAUAGCAAUUUUCGUAUGCAUGGCGACCAAAGCCGUGCAUAUUGAACUAGUAUCCAACCUCACUACGGACGCAUUUAUAGCCGCUUUAAAACGCUUCGGAGCAAGACGGGGCAACCCCACUGUCAUAUACUCAGACAACGCAACAAACUUUCUUGGAGCUAGAAAUCAGUUGAGAGAACUUUAUAAACACUUUCAGAAGAACGAAUUCAGCGAUGCUAUACAAAAUUAUCUGACUCAAAACGAGACACAAUGGAAAUUUAUUCCACCAAGAUCUCCACAUUGGGGAGGAAUUUGGGAGGCUGCUAUUAAAAGCGCCAAGUAUCACAUCGCAAGACUCAUCGGCUUAACAAAACUAACAUUCGAACAAUUCUCAACUAUUCUUAGUCAAAUCGAAGCAAUAUUAAACUCACGGCCGUUGAGUGCCUUAUGUAACGAUCCGUCAGAUUUUCAAUAUCUCACUUCUGGUGAUUUCCUGAUCGGAUCAAGUCUAACAGCCUACCCAGAGAAGGAUUUAACACAUGCACCAGAAAACAGACUUAAAUUUUGGCAGCAAUGUGCGAAAACUCAGCAACUGUUUUGGAAAAGGUGGUCUGUGGACUAUUUGAAUAGACUGCAGAAUAGACCAAAAUGGCUUAAAACUUAUGAGAAUCUACAAACAAAUGAUCUCGUCCUUUUGAAGGAAGAAAACGUUCCACCUCUUAAUUGGCCUAUGGCAAGAAUCAUUGAGGCCAUAAGCGGACCUGACGGAAAAGUCAGGGUCGUACGCCUAAAAACUAAAACAGGCGAAACUACUAGGGCUAUAACUAAGCUGUGCCCACUCCCCAAACAAGACACCGUGUCUUGCGAGGGUCAUAAUUAA